UGCACAAGUUCCGCCUAGCUGCAGCCUAGUUGUGCCAGUUGCGUUGAAAGUCGGUGUCUCUGGUCAUCCAUCUUGUGCGGGCAAACAGUUUGUGCCUUAUUUCCGCGCGGUUGAAGCUGCAUUUAUAAAGAAGCGCAUGCCUGGCGCGGGCCAUCUCCGCCUGGACGUCAUUGGAUGUUGGUGUGUCUGGUGCCGGCAACCGUGGCUGCUCGACAGGUGGCCUCCUUACUGUUGGCUAGCGAUGCGACAUCCAGAUCGUCUUUUAGCGGCCCGCCGAGUCAACGCUCUUCGACACGCGAUGAGUGCGUACUUGGAUUUGCCAUGACAUUUUUCAAACUUGGCUUCCGCUCUUGCCAACGCCUGAUCUUCAUUGUAGGCAAGCUCACCGUAUUUCUUUUCCUUGUACCGCUGGAAGAACUGCGAGAAUUUAGAGACCUCGCGCCUGAUUUCAGCAAGGCGGCGGCGAACGGCAGAAGGCUCACGGGGCCAAAGAGAGCUCGCACCGUACACCGACCUGUGCAGUUCUCUUUCUCUAGCCCAAGUGACCAGAAAGGUGUGGUAAAUAUCCCUGGCUUUUUGGUCGUGGCUAUUGUCACCGCGGAAACAAGGGUCCUCCCGCUCUUUCGUAAUUUUGUUGUAGGCCUUGCAUAGUGCGACGUCCUCAUCCAUCUCCCAAGGGUCACCAUGUCCCAUGUUGAAGAGUGAGGAGUCAAACUGUAAUCUCAGUACUAGUGCAGCGCAGAGAUGUGCCACGGGUGGUCACUGGU